UUUUUAGAGAUUUUUUAAAAUUGACUCUUAAAAGUCCAAAAACAACUCCAAGGAAAUGUCCUUCCAACCACCUCCAAAUCAAAAUAACGAUUUAAACCAAGUCCCCUCUUGGGAUGAAUUUAAUAUGAUGGCACAUGAAGACGAGGAGGCUAAUUUAAAUAAUGAGGGAGGAGGAGGGUUGUUGUUAGAUGGACCUGUAGACGAAGAGAAUGAUGUUGGGGAUGAUGAAGUUGUUGAGCCUGGACAGCCUGAAGAAUAUGGGCCGUCUCUUCCUCCAGGGUUUGGAGCAGACGAUUUAAACGACGGACAACAACCUCAUUUUGCUGAACACGAAAUUAUCAACAACGAUUUUUCCGCUUCGUUUGGUGCUCACGAUUUGGAUUUGGACGACCCUGAAGACCCGCUUCAAUGCAGCACAAGUUCUUCAAGUAAUCAACCAAGAAAUGUGAAUUCGAGAAUGAUUGGACCGUCAAUUCCGUCUUCGUCUUCUAUGCUUCCUAGAAUUCCGAUGAAUAAUAGAGGUGAUGAACACUUUCUUCCAUCAAUUGGCACCAACCACAAUUCUUCAGUUGAUUUUAUUCCUUUGUGUGAUCAACCAAGUAGCAGUAAUGCUUUAAACAAUAAUGUAGUUAUUGGACCAACACUUCCACCAGAUUUGAAUUUGCCGAGUAAUGGAGGGGGACAACAAGGAGGUGGUGGUGGAGGAUUUCCAAAUAUUAAUGGUUCUUUUUUAAUUUUUUUAAGGAAGAGGGGAGGGUUUAGCGCUUGUGUGGAGAGCUUAAAAAACAUUAUCAUUUUUUGGGAUCAAAUGUCACUCUAG